AUGAAUUCCGAUUGCGUUCUUUACACACACACGCGCGUGCCGCCGCGCCUUCUUUCGUGUCUCUUCAGAGAAGCGUCCUUCGUCGCCUCGCUGGGUGCCCGAGGGAGCCUGCAGAAGGACUGGAGCGCCGCGCGCGUCUUCAUGGAACUGGUGUGCGUUCGAAAGUACCGCGGAUGGCAAGUCGAGCGGCGGACGCGCCUGCGGCUAGCGCUGGACGAGCUGACCUCACUCGAAGACGCGAUGCUGCGCGAGGGCGCCGCGCCGGCUUCGAUGAAGGAGUGGAUGCGCGUCAGCGGCUCCGCGCUGGAGGCCCUCGAGGCGAGCCUCUGGGCAGCCCUGACGGCCGUCGUCGCCCCCGUCUCGCUCUCUGUGGCGGCUGGCUGCUCCUCCAAGGCGUCUCCACCGCCGCCUGCAUCUCUCCGUCGGGGGCCUGCGAGGCGUGCCGCUGUGGAAGCGCCGGCGCGGCGUCUGCGGGACGCGGCAACGGGCGAGGACUGCGCAACGACGAGGAAGGAGGCGGCAGCUUGCACCGAAGACGAGGCGCGUCUCAGAAGACUCGAGAGCGAAGACGACGUGGACAGAGGCGCGUCCUCCAGCGAUGCGGCGUCGGACCAGGAAGGCGAGGAAGAGUCGCCAAAAGAAAACGCAACCGCGCGAGGGCGGCGCAGAAAGGCUUUGCAGAGACGGCAGCGCUCCGCUCGCGCCCGCCCAGAGCGAAGAGGACGCGCGGAACGAAGCGAGGCAUCUGCCUCGCCUUCGCUGUCGUCUUCGCUUCACUCGCUCCCCGCCUCGACGUCUGAUGACAGCGGAAGCGUAGCCUCUCUUCUUGCUUCUGAGGCAGCCUCCACGUCCAGCUGCAGGUCUCCCGCGCAACCUCACCACACUGCGCAGGUCUCCUCCUUUCCGUCCUCUUUUUCUUCGCGGCUGUCUUCGUCUCUUGUCUCCUCGCCCGCCUCGUUUGUCUCCGCCUCAGGCUCGCCGUCGCCUUCCUCGUUCGCGACUUGUGCCCGAGCCUCAGGCUCUUUGGCGUCUCGCAGGUGCGAGUCCCGCUCGCUUGUCUCUGGGUCUAUCUCUCCACCGCGACGGCCCGCAGCAGAGGCUGCGACGCCCUUCGCGCAGAGGCAGAGAUGCGUCUCGAGCGAGAAAGACGAGGAGGCGGAAACUCCACGCGGGGCGAGAGACGGUCACGCGCCCCGAAAAUAG